AUGAGGUUCCGGUACGCGAUGGUCUGUUCGUCGAAUCAGAACCGGAGCAUGGAGGCUCACGCUCUACUAAAGAGGCAAGGUCUCGACGUUGCUUCGUAUGGGACUGGGUCUCAUGUAAAACUACCUGGACCGUCUGUCAACGUCUACGAUUUUGGAACUCCUUACAAGCAGAUGUUCGAUAAACUCAGGCGCAAGGAUUCCGAACUUUACAAGCGGAAUGGUAUUUUGCAGAUGCUUAAGAGGAAUUUAUCUGUGAAACUUGCUCCCCAGAGGCGGCAUGAUAAUGCUGGUGAUGGUGUGUUUGAUGUUGUAAUGAGAUUUGAAGAAAAGGUUUUCGAUUCAGUUCUUGAAGAUCUUAACAACAGAGAACAGCCACUUAUGAAAACCAUACUUGUGAUGAACUUGGAAGUUAAAGAUAACCACGAAGAAGCAGCUAUUGGUGGCCGACUUGCCUUGGAACUCUGUCAAGAGAUUGAAGGGAAUGAAGCAUGGGAAGAUACAAUCGAUGACAUUGUCGCAGGUUUUGAAAAACAACAUUGGCGGAAACUUGUCUAUAGCAUCUCAUUUUACUGAAGAUACCAUCAUCAGUUGCAGUAAGCAGUCAA